AUGGGGAUCCCUGUUUGUGGCGAUAUGGUUACAGAUAUCAUACCAACCCGAGUCGAGCUGCUCUCGGAACUCGCGGGUAGUCUUGGUCCACUGGACGAGCUCAUGGUCACAGGACACAAAGAACUCGUCGUCGAUGAUCCGGCCCUUCCACCGAUCCAGGCACCCAAACGGCUGGCCCCAAUCCACCCUAUCCAUAUCCAGCACUCAAAUCACUGCAAAGCAGCAUCUCUCCUCUUCGGACUGAACUAUCGGUCCCCACUAGCAUUCGGCACUCCUAGCAACCCAAGCAGCAACCUCGACCGCGGCUCCGGCCUCGUCCUCAGAUGGUCUGCAAGCAGCUUCCGAAACGCCGCCGCCGACAGAUCCCGCGCGGCGCGGACGACGUGCUUCAGCACCGUGAUCCAAUGGAUAACAGGAUCGACGUCGAGCGUGCCCUGCAUGACGCGAAAUUCGACCGUCUACAUCUCCUUCAUGAAGACGGUGCGCUCCUUCGUGUGCUUGCCGCCACACCAGCCCAGGCCGGCACGGCUGGCGCAGCUCCUCCUUGAGCCCGCUAAGACCCUCGCAUAG